CUUCUUUAUUGCAAUAGAAAGAGGCACUGUAAAGUAAUAUAUGUUUGAUAAGCAUUUGGCUUUAGCCUUCUCUCCCUCAUCCUCUGUCAAUGCUUGGUGUACUUAUGUGCCAUAUAUAUAUGCGCGCAUAAGCGUUCACGCAUGUUGGCUUUUGCACGUAUUGGCCUGUACGCGAAUUGGCUGCUGCCCCUAUAUAGGCCUCCACCCACAGGGACGGCACAGUAAACUAGCCACUGCGCCUACCUGUUGUAGAUGCAUAUACGCAUGUCACUGACACGUCGCCACGCGCACGUUCUAUGUUCCCGUCAUUACUGUUCAAUUUUUUUGUAAAAAAAAAAAAGAAAAAACAGCAAAAUGGUGUCGUUGAGACUAGAUAAUAACAGAUAUAUAGCGUUUAAUCAGGACUAUGGUUGCCUGUGUAUGGCCAAUGAGAAGGGUUUUAAGAUUUACAACACGAAUCCGUUUACUCAGACGUAUAGUAGAGAUUUAACCGAUCGGAAUAAGAAUGGACUAUACCUAGCCGAGAUGCUGUACCGAUGCAACAUCCUAGCUAUUACAGGGAACAAAAAUGAUAAGAAAGGAAAGUGGGCCAAAAACGUUUUAAUAAUUUGGGAUGAUAGACAAAUGAGAGAAAUAGCCAAGUUAACAUUUUCAUCCAACAUCAUUGGAGUGAGAUUACUAAGAGAAAUUAUUGUAGUCAUUUUGGAAUAUAAGUUAUGUAUAUACAGACUUAAAGACAUCAUUUUAUUGGAAACUUUAAAUACAUCAAAAAAUGUUUCAGGUUUAUGUUGCUUGUCCAAUAUUGAUAAAAAUAUUAUUAUAGCUUAUUUGUCUCCCAUAAAGGGUCGAGUGAAUAUACACAUCUUUGAAAUAAAUUCUAGUGAAAAUAUUCACGAAGAAUUACCCUAUAUAAAUUUUAAGACAAAUUUGAGUAUAUAUGCCCAUGACAAUUCAGUAGCAUGUAUUAACUUAAGUAAUGAUGGUAAAUUAUUAGUUACUUCAUCUACCAAGGGGACCAUCAUAAGACUCUUUAAUACAUUUGAUGGAACUUUAUUAAAUGAAUUUAGGAGGGGUACAAAAAAUGCGAAAAUUCUAUCCCUAAAUAUUAGUGAAGAUAAUAAUUGGCUUUGCUUAACAUCCAGUACAAAUACAGUACAUGUAUUUUCUAUAUACAAAAAAAAAAGGCCUUUACGAAAAGUUGAUAUUAUUUGUAAGGGGAAGAAUUUAUCCCCACCAGCGUUACUGAAUUAUGAAAAAGAGUCCAAAAAUAAAAAAUCCAGUUUGAAAUGUUUGUUACCAUGUCAUCCGUACUUAAAUAGCGAAUGGAGUUUUGCAACAUACAAAAUCCCUGGGAAGAAAAUUUCCUCUAUUUGUGCCUUUGUAAAUGAUCAAAAUUGUAUUAUCGUUAUUUGUUCCAAUGGGAUAAUUUACAAGUUACGCUUUAACGAGCAUAUUGGGGGAGACAUGUUUAAAAUAUCGUCCCACAGCUUUGACUAA